AUGGACCCCCGAGCCGUGGAGGAGUACUGGGGCAACCUCGGUAUCCAUGAACAAGGCGCAAAAGAGGAAGUGGUCGCGUGGAUCCGCGAGAUCCACGGCCGAGUGCAGGCAGAAUUUGCCGCAAAGAAGGUCCAUCCUGACCUUUUGCUCCGGAACCCCAGAGCCCAGAAGCUGCUCAAGAAGCAGAUGGGCGACGCCUUGGGUGGGCUCCCUGUGCUGGCCAGCCAGCGGCCGAGGGAGGAGGCGGUGUCCCGCCUCUAUGACCUGUACCGCGCACUCCAGUGCGCCUUUCCUAUGGAGUGGGCCUGUCCGCUAAAAAGCCGCGUGCGUCGCGAGCUCCGGCACCAGCAGCUCCCACCUUGA